CAUUGGCUACUGCGAUAUUUCUUAACCAACUUCCGCUGCGCGGCAAGUGUUGCAGCGUCCUGUGUGCAAUUAAAGUGCGGCCAAAGUGAUGUACUUUAAAUUCAAUUCAUCGCACGGUUGCAUAACAACAAAUACAUAUAAUUGCACGUUAAUACGUAGAUGAAGGAGAUGAAUUACAAAUCGUUGGCUGUGCAUAAUGCCGCAUGUAAUUGGAUAUUUCAUAAAUUUCAGGACUGCGAAAAAGAGGUAUCACGAUUUGUAUAAUAGUGUUGCUCAUCUAACACUAAUUUGCUCAAGUUUCAACAACUCUACACUUGCAGCAUCCGUACGGCAAGUUCUUUGGAUAUUGUGAACAAAUUCAAAAGGAAAUGAAUGAGUGCAUAAGAGAGCAAAGAGAAAUUAAUAGAAGCAGAAACUUACAAUCCAGACGCAGAAUAUCAGAGAGUCAGAAAAGGUCACAGGAGGAAAGUGGUGAUUAAUUGUAUGGAUUAUCUCUGUAUAGAGAUAGUAGUAACUUAAGUUCCACACAGCAGAUAAUAUCAAGCUUGAAAUUUAAUAUGAAUCCAGUAGUAAAGAAUGAUAUAACUUUAAACAAAUACCUCAAACUUGAGGAUGAUUGCAAGAACGAAUAUGAAAAAGAAGAGAUUGGCAGUAUACAAGUAAAUAUAAGGAACUCUGACAUGAAGAUAGAUUCUGAAAAGAUUCAAGAACAAGGAGCCAAUGAGGGAUUAGAGGAUAGCGAUAAUGAGAUACCAGCAACCUUCGAUAAUGAUGAUGAGACAUUUGUGUUUCCUCCUGAUGGAGAUAUUUCUGACAUGUUAGAUGAAGUGCAAUACAAUGGGCAUUUUCCCACUGUUACUGAGCGCUAUUUUGUUGCAUACUAUAAAAUCAAUGUACAAUCACCUGGGGACGAUAUAUGCAUACGUAUACAUAGCAAUCGUAUCUGUAUGUUCUCCCUAGCACCUAGUCAUGUCAUCUUACAAGGUGAUAGAGACAUAACAAAGGUAGACUUUAAGAUAAACGAUAAAUUAGACAGAGCUUUGAAUAAGGUCUCAGGAAAGAGUAAACACGGUGCACAACCAUUGCAAGUCAACUCAAAUAUCUGUACCAUAUUUUGCUCAGAUGGGCAAAAAUAUUUGAUUAAAUGUUGUAUGAUAGGAAAACUGGUGGAAGUUAAUGAAAUGCUGUCAGUAAAGCCGCAACUUCUCAGGGAAUUGCCACAUAAAGGUGGGUACUUGGCUAUAAUUUUGCCAAAUAUAAAACAUCUAGAGAGUUUGAAACAGUCUCUACUGACUCACGAGGAAUAUAUUAGACUUGUCGGAGAAAGAGAAAAGGAAAGAGAGGGUAAUGACACGAUUAAAACAGUGUAAAAACACUUGAGACCUGGAUUGAAACACUUAGCAUUAGAUAUGUAAAAUUGGCGGAUAAAAUUUGAACAAUGGAAUUAUAUGAUUCAUGGAAAAACAUGUAAUCAUAAGGAUAGAUGAUAAUCGAAGUGAAUUUUGAUGUAACCUUUUUUUUUCUUUAUUAUGUUGCAAGACUCAGUGUUAAUAAUACAAAAUUGUAUUGAUAACACAAAACAACUUUUUCUGUGUAAUAAAGAUUUAUACAUUCUCGUA